UGAGCAAGGCCGACCAAGCAAAGCGGCAGCAAGGGCCUUCUCUUCAACUUGGUCACCAUCGGUACUGGCUGCGCCACUGGUUCCUCCUCCUCCUCCUCCUCUUCGUGCUCCUCCCUCCGUAUCCAUGUUAGCUCAAUGCCAUGUUUUGCUCAAGUCAAGCCCUGAGCCUCUCGGACUGGGGCCUGAGGCGGGGGGCACGUGGCCCGGGCCCCAGCAGUGAGGGCCAGUCGCCGGCAUGAGGGCUGCGCGCGUCAUCUGGGUCUCCCUAGCGCUCUCGCUGCUGAGCCCGCUGGUCUUCCCCGGGAGCAGUUUCUUUUGGUUCGGCUUGACGCAGGACCCUGGAGUGGCUGGUGGCGCCGUGGCCGCACCCCUCCGCAGCACAGCCGAGCCCCCGGAGGGAACGGGGCCCCGCCUGGUCCUCCAGGAACGGGGCCAGGCGCCAGGGGGGGGCCGGCCGACCGGGGGCCCCCCCGGGCAGAGCCGCGCCCCCGAGGAGGACCGCCCCCUCUCGCCGCACGGCCAGGCGCCCGCCCGCAGCUGGAGGGCGUGCAACAUGACCUACACGACGACCCCGAAGGAGGCGAUCUUCUUGGUGAGCGACUCGCUGAAGCUCACGUACGUGCUCAUGUCCAAGUCGGGCUCGUCUACCAUUCGGGCGACAAUGGGCACUAAAACUAACACAGAGCCGAAUUGGAACUACACGGUAUUCACGGUGGUGCGGGAUCCUUUGGAGCGGAUCGUGUCCUAUUUCUUCUAUACGUACUUGGACAGGAUUAGGAAGAGGCACGCGCUGCAGCUCUUCGACGAGGAGACUGCCAGGCUGGUCCACGGGCAGGCAGGCCAUGCCCACGGGCAGAGGAGCGUCCCGCUGGGAGGCGGGCACCACUACGACUUCGUGGGCACGCUUGAGACACUCGCCGCGGACUGGGCUCAGCUGGGGGAGCUGCAGAAGCAGCGCUUCGGCAUCCCGAACUGGCCCCCGCUGGCCCCCAAGGAGAAAGACAACGCCCAGAGGUACCGACCCGUCUUCACCGUCUCCACGCUGCCGGCCAAUAUCAGCCAGCGGGUGUGCAACAUCUACCGCGACGACUACUGCUGCUUCCAGCUCCCGGUCCCCCCCGCCUGCCAGGUCGACUGCGCCGGCGGGCUUCCGGUUUAGGGUUUAGGCCCUACGGCGCAGGACUUGGGGGCUGCCGUAAGGGUCUCGGCAGGCCACGGAGGGCGCGAACCCGCAGUAAAACACGGCGCCCCAGCGAUCCCCGAUGCCGCGGAAAUCGGUACCCUGGUAGACAGCCGAAAACAAGAAUAGACACUUUUAGAAAUUCUGAGCUUCCCGUUGAGGCGCUGUGCACACUGUAUCUAUUAGUAUUCAUUUGUUAGAAAUAGACGCUUU